UAGUUCUGUCAAAUAUUUGUUAUGUUCUGUGUGUUUGUUUUUAAUUAUAUAUCGAUCAAGUGUACUAUAUAUACGGAAAAUUUUUUGGUGAUAUCAUUAUUCAACACACGCCAAAGGAUCUCAAACGGCUUGGAAAAAUGAAGGUUCUUGCUCUGCUAUGUUUGGCCCUUGGAUCAGUCUCUGCUCGUGGAUCUGGUCCGUACCUUCCCAGUGGCUGGCGACCAGACGGUCCCGCUUUCUAUCUCCCCACUAAACAGGCUUCAACAGACCCACUCAAAGAUCUAAUUCUACAUGGUUCGGAAGCCUCUGGGUCUGAUUCUCUUCGUGAAUACGGCCCUCCCAAGGUAUCCCAGGAAGUCAUCAAGCAGGACUUACCAAAUGAAAACAUAGACCUUACAUUUACAUCAGCAGAAAAAUUGCAACAGGAAACCCUAAAUGGCUCGGAAGAUUCCGGAAGUGAUGCUUCACGUGAGUUUGAACCCCCGAAAUUCCAAGAACCUCAAGAUUUGAUUGCAACAGAAUUGCCUCAGGAAGUUACAGACCAAGUUUCUGACGAAAAAUCAAAUGAUGUUGCUGAAGCGUCCACCAUUAAAGCACAAGAAGAAUCUGUCACAGAACCUCAGGUUGUUGAAACCACAACGGGACAAGCUGAAGUUCCCAUACAAAUUAUUCAAGACAACUCAGAAUCUGCUGUGGUAACUAGUUCUGUUGAACAUGAGGAUGUUACUGUAAGUGAGACUCCAUUACCUGUUGAAGUAACAACUACGUCAGAUGUUCAAAAUUCAGUUGAAGCAGAUGUUGCAAACACCGAUGAUUCUACUACAAAUGAGACCAAAGAUAAUUUGGUAGAGCCUACUGAGGCUCUCAACAGCUUGACUGCCGUUAAAGUAGAAUUAGAACAAACUGUCCAACAAAUUGUACAAAAUUUUGAAGAAUCCAUAGAAAAAGUUUCAGAAAACAUUGUUGAAAAUAUCGAAAAAAUUGAAGAAAGUGGUGUAGAGCAAAGUGAACAAAACGUUGAAGAAAAACAGGAAGUCGAAGAAAAUAUUCAAAACUUUAGUGAAAAUACCCAAAACGUUGAAGAUAUUGGACAAACGGAACAAAAAACCGAAGAAAAUGAACAAAAGACACUUGAACAGGUUGUUCAAAACAUUCCAGAGGUAUUGACGAAUGUGAACAACGAUAUAACACAGGUUGAAAAAACUGAAACCCAAAAUCAGGAGUCGACUUAUCCUGAAUUCUCUGGGUCUUUGGAGCAAGCCCCUGAAGGAUUUCUAGAGUACGGACCACCUGGAUUUAAGGAAUACGGACCUCCCAAGGAGGACGAGCUAGCUAGAGUAACAUCAGAGGAACUCAUCUCAGAAGCUGAAUCUUUUGAAUCUACGAAUGAAACAAGGAGGAGGCGUUUUUCUCCAAAAUUCAAGCCUACUAAAAACCACUAAGAGACAUAAUUUUACGGGCGAAGCAAGACAACGGCGUGUUAAAAUGAUAAGUUUGUUAAUUUAAGUAUUAUAUCCAAUAUUAAAAUACCAAUUCAAUAUGCUUAAAUGAGUUAUUUCACUUAGUAUGUUAUAGCAAUAUUAGAAAGAAUAUAGUGAGCUCUGGGUCUACCAGCUAACAGUAAAAUCACAAUAAAUAAACACGGCUUAUAGUCACGGCAUAGAAUUAACUUAAUACAUAGUAAUUAAAAUAAUGAACUAGUAAAUUCUCAUACCACAAAUUUCUGUAAAAGCAACUGCUUAACUGAAAUACUUAACUUUGAAUUAUUAUUGUAGUUCCCAACUCAUAAGUUAGUAGAUGUAAAGUAAACUUUCUAGAACUUUUCAACUACAAAAAGGCACGAU